UGAUGAGAUAAUAUAUAUAUGGAGUUAUAAAUCUUAAAUCUACUUAGACACAUAAACAGUAAUCCAGGGGUCUGAGUAAUAAUGAUGCUAAAACUGGUAGCUCUAUACAUAUGUAUUACAAUCUCCAACUCUCAUGGUUUGAGUGUACUAGUAAGCCAGGAUUCCUUUGUAAACUUGGCUAAAAAUUUCCUCUCCAAACCUGACCUGCUUGCAACUGCUCUAGGAGCAACAAGAUCAAAAAGAAGCAUAUAUGAUAAAGAGUUUAGUAUAGAUAACCUUGGAAUAAGUGUUGGUGUAAAGUUUAUUCUUCCUGAUAACCCAAGUCUAGGAGGGAAAGCUGAUAUUGAAAUAAAAGAUCUUUCUAAGCUAAUUCCAUUCAAAAACAUAGGAUUAGUAAAACUUGGAGUCACAUAUAAAUCUUACGGUUUGAUGGUUGAGUAUGAGUUUCAUCAUCCUCAUGAUGAACAAGGAACUAUAGGCCUAAUCAUAUCAAAAAAUAAAAAUCAAAAAAUGAUAUCAUUAAAAUCUCUCAUUAAAGCAUCAAAACAUGAUGUAAAAAGGUUAAUCAUUCCGUUUGAAAUUCAAUUAAACUUAACAGGAAGUACUGAAGUAGAAGGAAUAUUAACAUACUCACAUCAUCAUGGGGUGGAAUAUCCAAUACUUAUUAGAAACGAUAAUGACACAGUACAUUUGAUGAUGGAAACUCAAAGGAGAUCUACUUUGCUUGAUUUCAGAUUUAAUUGGAAGAAGCCUGACCUUCAAAUCCAUCUUGAUUUUGAUGAUUUAGGCUAUAUGUUUUUCAUAGAACUCAGUAUAGAAAACAAUCAAGAAGAAGUUGAAGCCUGUGGAUUGUUGAAAAUAUUUGGAGGAAAAACAAGCUUUAAAAUAGAGAUAGAUAAAAUGUUAAAAAGUAUAUGUCUGAAAAUUGCCCCUUUUAAUCAAUUAGAAAGGACCUAUAAAUACAAAUUCAGAAAGAUACCUGACCUGAUGUUAAAAGAAUAUGAAACAAAUGCUUAUGAGGUUCUGGUUAAUUCUGGCUUCCUACUAGAUCCUCCUAUAUCAAUGAGGUUGGGAUUUAAGAGAAUAAACUUACAGAGAUUGAGAAAAAGAAAUGAAAUUGAAGUGAAAAUUUGUCUCGCAUUAUUCCCAAACCACUUCAGGAAGUCAAAGUAUACUACAAUAAUAAUUCAAAGGGAUAGGUUCAUUCCAGAGUAUGACCAGGGACAAGACUUUUCUGAAUCUCUGCAUGCAUUUGCCGAAUAUGAAGGAAUCCAGCUGCUUGAAACUCAUUCUGAAAUUUUGGGUUUGAACAAACUCCAUUGUAAUACUGAUGCUUGUGACCUUGAGAUCAACUUUUCAAGUAGUUUACAUAGAAAUAUAUUUGAAGAUCUUGAGCUAUUGGAUUUAUUUAGAUAUAUUCCAUGCAGUCAAGUUUCUCUAAAAACCAGAGUUAAUAUCUUAAAUCGACAGAUGAAAGCAUUAGCAUUUGAGAUUCAGACAAGUCGGGUUGAGAGAGACUACCGGAUGAUAAAGCUAGAAUGGGAUAACAAGCAUGAAAAAGUAAAGUUGAAAUCUGAUUUGAUCAUUUCUCCUGGAAGAACACACAGUAUAGAUCUUUCUGUUUCUUCAAGCUUAGAUAAAAUGAAACUAGUUUACAAAGGUUGGCACAGGGAGGUUGUUAUAGAUUGGAGGGAAAAGCCUAUUCGUAAUAAUGGCAUAGCUAGUUAUGAAUUUAGAUUAUUCUAUGAUGAUGAUUUGAUGGGAGCAGGAAUACUGAAUAUAAAAGAUCAGCAUACAGAAGUUGUCUAUACAGGACAACAUGGUAGGUUCUCUUAUCUUGACUUUCAGUUCCUUAUCUUUAGCAACAGAAUCAAUGAUAGUUCUGUGAAUAUCAAUAUAGAGGGAAGUUCUAAACCAGUUCUGGAGGAAUCAAGAUGCUCUUUUCUGAUCUGGAACACAACCUAUACAUAUAAUCAAAACUAUGGAGACCCAGUACUGAUGAUUGAUUCAAAGCAGCUUCUAGACACAAGAAUAUUUGAAGCUGAAUGUCAAGAUCAACGAAUGUACAACUCUUCUUCUUUAGGUUUUAGCCUCUUAGGACGCAGAAAACAACCUUUUCAAAUGUCACUGAACAUGGAUUUGAAAUCAGAACUGUAUCCCUCUGGGCAACUGAAUGUUAUUACUAGUUUAACUCCAUGGAACACCCUGAUGAUUCAUUCUGAGAAUUAUACAAAAGACGACUAUAUUGAAGGAAUUGAAGAGUCUUCCAACCCAAUGGUUGAUAACUAUCUAAGUAUUGUUACAAACUAUAUUUUAAAAUCUGACUCAUUCCAAGAUGGGACAUAUGCUGAAAUUGUUUUUGCACCAUUUAAUGGAACCUUUAAACUUCAAUCAAAGGAAAAAAAAUUUGAAAUAAUAUUAGACCCUGCAUCUGGAAAAUAUCUUAGUAUUGGCACAAAUAUCAAACAGAUCCCUUUCACCCAUUAUCGUUUUGAGUCAUUUAAAAUUGAUGCUGAUGGUGAAUGGAGAAAUAUCCUUCAUGAUGAUGUUAGAAUUGCUAGAUACAAACUUAAAAGAGAAGAUUUUGGAAUGAAUGAGUUACUAGACAAUGAAGUUAGUGUAGUCCUAGCUCCACUUUUAGUUCACAUUGAAUGGAAUUGCACCUCAAACUACAAACUGAAAGAUUUUAAAAUUAUGGGAUCUCCAGGAUGGUAUUUGCACACACCUUCCCAUGAACUAGAUGAGCAAGCAAUAUUGGACAAUCCUUUGUUUUCAAUCAAAUCCCAAAACUGAUCACCCCUGUAAAUUAUAUUAAAGUUGAUGUUUUUUGUGUUUGGUUAAAAAUUCAAAUAUUAUGCUUUAUUUUCUAAGCUGUCUUCCAUAAGCAGGCUAAUGUAUUUUCUUCAAAGUUUGAAAAUUGUAUAAGCUUAAUUUGAAAUACAUAUUUAAUAUCAUUCUUUUUGUUUUUGUAUUUUUCCCCAAUCAUUUCGGUUGCUCAUUACAAUAUAUAUGAACGUAAUAUUAUAAUUUCAUUUUUCAACAUUUACUGUUAGCUAAUAACCAUAUGUAAUUUAUAAUACACAUUGGGUGAUUUACUGUUAAAUGUUCCUUGGCCCAACUGGCCACCACUCCUUCUAAAAAAGUGCAAACUUCUUUAACUAUUUCUUUAUCUAGAUCUUACAUAACCUGGAAUAGUAUAAUCAAUAAUGUUGCAAUUUUCCAAUUUAAAUGAAGGGUAUUUAUCCAAAUAUUGUAGCAGAGCCAAUAGUGUCUUCCUAAGAAAUCCACCAACAAGAUUAUUUAAAUUUAUAAACCUACAAUUUCGGAGAUGAGAAUAUGGAGAGAACUACUCAACCUUCUCCUCUUAUCUACUCUGAUUAUAUAUGUAUAUGAUUAACCAUCCUUCUGUUAAUAAAUGUACUUUUAAAAUGUAA